AUGACUGAGCACUACGAUGUUGUAGUGAUCGGCGGAGGCUUCGCGGGCAUCUACCAUCUCUACAUGCUCCGCAAGCUCGGCUUCAACACUCAUCUCUACGACGCUGCUAGCGACUUUGGCGGUAUCUGGAGGCUUAACUGCUAUCCCGGCGCACGUGUAGACAGUGAGGUCCCACUCUACGGUCUCUCGUUCCCUGAGGUGUGGAAGUCAUGGAACUUUUCAUGCAAGUAUCCCGACUACAAGGAGCUCCGCCACUACUUCAACCACCUCGAUGACAAGCUCCAGCUCCGCAAGGACUGCAGCUUCAACCACCGUGUCCACAGUGCCCACUGGGACGACUCUAAGCAGCAAUGGACCGUCACUGCGGGCCCAAGCAAGGACAAAACCGUUACCGCCACCGCUCAGCACGUCAUCUUCUGCCUCGGCUUCGCUUCCAAGGUCAACAUCCCCAAGAUCCCUGGCAUGGACAAGUUCAAGGGCCAAAUCAUUCACACGGGCGAGUGGGAGGAGUCGAUCGACUGCUCGGGCAAGAAGGUCGCCGUCAUCGGUACCGGCGCUUCGGGCAUCCAGGUCAGUCAGGAAAUCGGCCAGGUUGUCGACCGCCUCACCGUCUUUGUCCGCACGCCCAAUCUCGCUCUUCCCAUGCGACAGCAGAAGCUCGAGGCGAGCGCACAGGAGGCUUUCAAGGACAUCUACCCAGAGAUCUUUGACAAGCGCAAGAAGACCUUUGGCGGCUUCCACUACGACUUUGACCCUCGCGCCACCCUCUCGGUCUCGGCCGAAGAGCGCGAGCGCACCUUUGAGGAGCUGUGGGCGCGCGGCGGCUUCCACUUCUGGCUCGAGACCUUCCACGACCUGUACGCCGACAAGGAUGCCAACAAGACGGCGUACGACUUUUGGCAGAAGAAGGUGGCGCAGCGCAUCCAGGAUCCUAAGAAGCGCGAGAUUCUCUGCCCGGAGGAGUGGCCUCACACGUUCGGCACCGUUCGCCCGUCGCUCGAGCAGAACUACUACGAGGUGAUGAAUCAGGACAACGUCGAGAUCGUCUCGAUCAAGCGCGGUGGCGAGGAGGGCAUCAAAGAGCUCACCGAGAAGGGCGUGCUGCUCAACAGCGGCCGAGAGAUUGAGCUGGACCAGAUCAUCCUCGCCACGGGCUUCGACACGCACACUGGCGGCUUCAAGCAAAUUGACAUUCGCGGCAAGAACGGUCUCCCCUUGACCGACAAGUGGGCCCAAGGUUGCAACUCGCUCAACGGCCUCAACACGGCCAAGUUCCCGAACUUGUUCUUCCUCUACGGCCCCCACGGCCCCACUGCCUACUCCAACGGACCCUCCACCGUCGAGGUCCAGGCCGAAUGGGUUUGUGAGAUGAUCAAGUACAUGCGCGACAACCAGAUCUCCCACUUUGACGUCCAGGACGAGGCAGAGGCAAAGUUCGGUGAACAUAUCAACGAGCUCUCGGCCAAAACGCUCUUCCACGAGAGCCACGGCUGGUACAUGGGCAGGAACAUCCCUGGCAAGCCGGUGCAGGCGUUGAACUUUACCGGUGGCAUCCCGCUGUAUGUGAGCGAGCUGGCGGAGUGCAGGAAGGAGGGAUAUAAGGGGUAUGAUUUGGUCAAGGCAUGA